UGGUGGUGCACCGCGCUCGUUCUGCGCCUCGGUCUGUGUGUAGAGAAGAAGACAUGGCGUCACGACUCUCAACAGACAGUGCAGCAGCAGGUGAAGAAUGAAGAGCUGCGGGAUCAACUCACACAUGUUUUCUGCCUGACUGAGUGUUGCGAUGGAAAUCAUGGCUGUGAAUCUGCUGGCCACGUCUCCGUCCACCUCCACGCUCCCUCCGUCUCCCUGCGAGGAGGACUCCUUCCCUCUGUCUUCUCUGGACAGCGAGGACUACGUGUUUGUGGAAGCGCGGCAUCCCAACAAAGUGCUGGAAGGCUUGAACAGCUUACGGCUCAAUAACGCCUUCUGCGACGUGACCCUGUGCUGCGGAGGACAAGAGUUUCCCUGCCACCGUAUCGUACUGGCCUCCUUCAGCUCUUAUUUCCAGGCCAUGUUCUCCACCGACCUGAUGGAGUCUCGUCAGGAGCGUGUGGCCAUCAACGGAGUGGAGCCGCAGAUGAUCGGGAUGCUGGUGAGCUACGCCUACACGGCGGAGGUGGUGAUCUCCAGGGCUAACGUGCAGGCGCUCCUGGCGGCCGCUAACCUGCUGGACGUGAUGGCGGUGCGGGAGGCCUGCUGCAGGUUCAUGGAGCGACAGAUGGACGAGAUGAACUGUGUGGGCAUUCACUGCUUCGCCGAGGCGCACUCGUGCCCAGAGCUGGAGCGACGCAGCAUGGAGUACAUCCAGCAGCACUUCAGCACCGUUUGCCAACAGGAGGAGUUUCUGUCUCUUUGUGCCGAUAAACUGACUGAGAUCAUUUCCAGUGACCAUCUGAACGUGCCAAAAGAGGAGACGGUGUUUGAGGCGGCCGUCGUCUGGCUGGAGAAGAACACUUCACGCAGACAGAGCUUCGAGAAGGUUCUGGAGCACAUCAGGCUGCCCCUCAUCAGUCCGUACUACAUUCACGACGUCAUCGAGACCCUGGACGUUGUGAAGGAGUCGAUCAGGUGCCAGAAGCUGAUCUCUGAAGCCAAGGACUACUUACUGCUGCAGGACCGCAGAGGAGAGCUGUACAGCCCCCGAGCUCGACCUCGACGGGCAACAGGCACGGCGGAGGUGAUCGUGACUGUAGGAGGAGAGGAUGAUAAGGUGGUGCUGCGCAGCGUGGAGAGUUUCGACCCCCUCACCAGCCAGUGGAAGAGUCUGGCCUGCCUGCCCUUCGCUGUCAGCAAACACGGCUUAGUGGUGUCCGGCUCCAUGCUGUAUUUGGCUGGCGGUGAGUUUCCAGACGGCUCGGCCAGUAGAGAGAUGUGGCGCUACGACCCGUGCUUUGACUCCUGGACAGAGAUGGCACCCAUGAACGUGGCGAGAUCAGAACUGGGAUUGGUGAUGUUGGAUGGAUAUGUGUUUGCUGUGGGAGGCUGGGAAGGCCGUUCUCGCCUGGACUCUGUUGAGUGUUAUAAUCCACAGACAAACACAUGGCAGUUCAUGGACUCGGUCAAGAUGGCGGUCACUAGUCCAGCUGUGGUGGCGCUGGAUGGAUUACUCUAUGUGACAGGAGGUGCUGUUUUAGAAGAUGGCGAUGGCACAAACAUGGCACAGGUGUACAACCCUAAAACAUGUGUGUGGACCGAGGUGUCCCCCAUGCAGAUCGCUCGCUCGGGAUCUGCUGCCUGCGUCCUGAAGGGCAAAAUAUACGUGAUAGGGGGCUGGCAUGCUUCCACCGAGAACACAGAUAAGGUGGAGUGCUACGACCCCAGGACCAACAGCUGGACCAUGUGUGCUCCCAUGAAGGAGAGACGCUAUCGACCCGGCGUGGCGGUGGUGGAUGGGAAGAUUUAUGUUUUAGGAGGAGAGGAGGGAUGGGACAGGUAUCAUGACACUAUAGAGCGGUACUGUGAGGAGUCGGACCGCUGGGAGAUGGUGGGAGAGAUGCCCUCCAGCCGGAGCUGGCUGAGCUGUGUCUCCCUGCAGCUCCGGAAGGACACUCACACGGCCAGCGAUCCGGACACUGCAGCCGAGACAGAGUUCCCCGUGGACUGAGAGGAAGCAGCAGGGCUCCUGUAUCACUGCCGGCCGGGACAGAAGGCCAUGAGCACACGGCUCCAUCACAGUUCCCCCCCGGGCUAUUACAGAAACGCUGGAGGGUCUUCAGAAAACACUCAUGUCAUAAGCUAUGCUUUCUCCAGUCCGGCCCACUGCCACGGCGUGAGGCUGGAUGGAUGGAUGAUGUGUGUGUGUGUGAGAGCUGCUAUCCCAGAGUCUCCUCAGUAUCAGUUCAAUGUGAUGUUCAAGUGAUGUACAGGGUUCCUUCCAUGCGCUGAGCACCUCAUGAUUGUGACUUGUAAAAGUACUUAUUUGUUUUCCAACAGUGUUGUAGUGAGAUGUUUUGUACUUUUGUAUAGUGAUUUUGUUGUAUUUAUGAGAAGUUUUUUGUUGUACUGAGAGAUUUAUGGAGUAAUUAGCACAGAAACACUGAAAGAUGUUAAUUGAGUUUCUUUAAAGGGACAGUUCACCCCAAAAAAAGUGUUUCUUCUGUGGAACACAAAAUGUUGCUAACCAGUUUCUGGUCACGAUUGACUUGAAUAAUAUAAAGA